AUGAUUAUAAGCAAACUUUUUGCACAUUGUCUUUUUAUGUGCAUUCAUGCCAUGGCUUCUAAAUGCAGCAAACCAGUGUCUAUUCGUUCAAGGAAGUGCAAGAGGAACAUAUUUAUUUUCUUCAGUUGUCCAGAUGUUUCAGUUACAAAUUUACAAGUGAACAGAACCAGUGUGGCAACUCUAGGAGCAGGAUUAGCCACAACAACACCAUUCACAUCACAAACAUCUACUGCCAGCUGCAGCGGUAACAGUUGUGGUAAUGUAAGCAGCUGCAGUAGUAGUAGUUGUGAAAGCAGCUGCAGUGGAAGUCCUGGUGGUGAUAAUUCAGUUAAUACCAGUGGAGGGGGUUGCAUUAGUGGUAAUGGGGGUGGCUGCAACGGUAUCAGUGAUGCAGGUUGCAGUGGAGGAGGCUGUAACAGCGGCAGCGAAGGUGGUUGCAGUAGUAUCGGAGGUAGCUGCAAUGAAGAAGGCUGCAGCAGAGGAGACUGCAGCGAACCAGGCUGCAGUGCUAGUCAGAAACCAUUUAAAUGUGACCUCUGUCAUAAAGCCGCUUCACAAAGAGCCAGUCUUGACCAUCAUGAGAAUGCGUCAUCUGCAGGUAAGCACUUCAGCUGUGGCUGUUGUUUCAAGGCUUUUUCACAGCGAGAUCGAUUGAAAAAUCACCAGGUAGUCCACACAGGGGACCGGAACUUCCACUGCGGGGUGUGCCAAAAGUCGUUCACACAGAAGGAUCACCUGAACAACCACGAGCGCACGCACAGCGGCCACCGCCCGUUCAAGUGCGAAGUCUGCUCGAAAGGUUUUGCACAGAGGGCCCACCUGAAGAACCACAGACGGAUACACACAGGUGAGAAGCCGUUCCACUGUUCUUUGUGUGGAAAAUCAUUUAGCCAGAGUGCACAUUUAGCUAAGCAUGAACGCACACACACGGGACUGAGACCCUACAGCUGUCUUUACUGUGGCAAGAACUUUGCACAACGUAGUAACCUCGAUAACCAUGAACGCAUUCAUACGGGCAAAAAGCCAUACCAAUGUGGGGUGUGUGGUAAAUCAUUCUCUCAGCGCGACCACCUCAACAACCAUGAGCGCAUUCACAGUGGCGAGAAGCCAUACACCUGUAAAACAUGUUCCAAAUCGUUUGCACAGAGAGCUCACCUAAAUAAUCAUGAGCGGAUUCAUAGCGGUGAAAAGCCAUAUACCUGUACAAUUUGCCAAAAGUCUUUCUCGCAGCGAGCCAACCUGAAGAAGCACGAGCGGACGCACACGGCCGAUGAUCACAAUAAGGCAGCGACCACUGCGACAGCUGAUGCCGCUACGGGGUCAUCAGUAGAUACUACUGCGGAAGAGGCUAGCCAUGUUACCCCCACAGUAACAGAUACAACUGUGGCAGUUGCUGCAACAGCUGUGCCACUAGUUUCUUCACCACCACUCCCUACUCAACAGCCCUCACAGUCUUCAAGCAGUUUGGUAAGUUCCCCAGCCCCACUGAUGAUGAGUGAUCCCCCUUCCUGUUGCACCUCAUCUUAUUCCUCUCAUCAUCCCCAGGAUCAUCAUCAUCCUGUUACUAUGGUGACAGACAGGCUGAACAGUACCUAUGAUUGGGCAAGAAGCUUUACUUUGCCCACUUGGAGUGAGGCUCCGGGAGUUACAACUGUUCCCCCUGGCAGCGUGUUUCCUCGUAAUGGCAGCAUUGUCAGCAUCCAUGGCCGAAGCGUGGGUAUCAUUUGCAGCGGAGGGGGAGAUAACAGCAACGGGGUACACAGUAAGUCAGUAAUGGAUAUGGAGUCAAUGAAAACUCAUUCACACCAUAAAGGAAAACAUGGUGGAGCCAGUAUAUAG